UCAUUGUGUAUGUAGUUUGCAGGCCGAAAUGCUUCUCAGAUGAUAGAACUGUACGGUGAUUUCUGCAGUCGACAUCCAGAAGCACUGAAAAUGUAUAAGCAACUACUACAGAGCAACAGGAAACUACAGUUAUUUCUCAGACAGCAGAGUUCCAACUCUGUCAUAAAACGACGUGAAAUCCCAGAAUUCCUGUUGCUUGUUACCCAGAGAAUCACCAAGUACCCUGUUCUGAUAGAGAGACUCCUUCAACACACUGAUGAAAGCAGUGCUGAGCGCUAUGAUAUUGCAGUGGCACUGGAGGGUCUUCGGGGGGUGAUAGAGGAGGUGGAGCGAUGUGUGGGAGAUUACGAGCGUGCAAAGAAACUACAAGAUAUCAUAAGUCGCCUAGACAACAAGAGCUGUACCCGCCUGAAGAACGGAGAGAUCUUCAGCAAGCAGGACCUGCAGAAAACACACCGAACUCUCACACACUCUUCCGCACUGACCUGUAGGACCACCUCUGGCAGACUGAGAGAUGUUCUUGCGCUGCUCCUCACAGAUGUUUUGGCUUUCCUUCAGGAGAAAGAGCAGAAGUUUGUCUUUGCUGCAUUGGAGCAGAAGUCAUCUGUGAUGCCCUUGCAAAGGCUCAUUGUGAGGGAAAUAGCCAAUCAGGAGAGAGGAUUAUUUCUGAUCAGUGGCGAUUGCUCUGUGGGGCCAGAGAUGUACGAGAUACACACACAGACUCGUGAGGAACGCAACAUGUGGAUGACACUGCUGAGACAGGCUGCUGAUAGCCUUCCUGAUGAUAAGACCAAGAAGAAUGAGGGGGAAAUUGAAUUGAAGAAGAUACAGAAAUUACAAGAGGCGCUGUUCUCUCUGGAUCUGCAGCUGUGCUCUGUUAUUGAGGAGAAGUUAAAGAUCUGUAGAGGGACCGGUAGAUGGAGUCUGGGUAACUGCCGUCUUCUCGUUCAACCCCACCCUGAAAACACCCCUCAGGGCGUCGCAUUACUGACUGACGCACAGGAAGAGGUGGUGAAGCUGGCUAUCACUUUGUUGACUUGGCUUUUUCCUUGCAUAUGGUCACCAAGUAACCAUGACAACUUUGGCCAGGAAAGAGCAAACUAUAAUGAACAAAAUUUGCCAAGUCGGAGCAGGAGGAGUGCUUUGGUAGGAACAGGGGUGGGGCCUCUCACAGUUGCCCCAAUAAGCCCCGCCUACCAGACUUAUUUAAAGGUAGCAGAGGGUGUUCACAACUUAAUCCACAUGCUCUACAGUCUGCAGGCUGCUAUAGUAAUCCAAGACAGCUGCUUUGAAGUUCAAAAUCUCCUCCUCCUCGAGGGAGAAGCUCCACCCCAAACUCUUACAAGUGAUUAUGAUGUCAAAAAGCAGCAGAGUUUUGAGUGUGGCGUGGUUGGCGGGACUGAGGCUGUGCAGCAGAAAGAACUGGAGCAGAGAGAGCAUGCUGAACUGACGGACAGACUGGCGAAAGAGAAAGAGCAGUUUGAGGAGGAGCUGCGGCUGUUUGAGGAGAAGAUGAGGAAGCUGAGAGAGGAGGAGAAGAGAGUGAACGAAGAGAGAGAGAGUUUGAAAGAAGAGGGGAAGAAAGUGUUAAAAGAGAGGAAGAGCCUGGAGACAAAGAUAAGACUCAUUCAAAAUAAUUCAAAUCAUCGUCAAGGCAUCUCACCUUCUGUCAUCAUAUCACAGGAGAAGUGAUAUG